GUCCCAGCCGUCCUCGCGAGCGGUUGGUUCCCGGAAGCCGCCGCUUCUGCACCAGCGGAGCUGCAGAUGCAAACGGGCAGAUGCAGUCCAGGUAGUUUCGAGAAAGUAAAAUGUCUGCAAGUUUUGAAUUCUCAUUGAGAGUUGCUCGAAGUCGUGACUGACUUGAUUCCACUCCAGUUUUGCGGUGGCUGAAACUCAAAAUGAGGGCAAGAAGUGUCUGGAAGGCUGGGUUUAAAUGACUGUGACCAGGUUGUAUGUCAGCUGAGGUAUUGGAAAAUAAUGGCAGGUAGGGUGGCAACACAAGCGAUGCGUUUGUGCCCAGGAGUAAGACAUUCAUUCUUUACACCUAAUAUUUGUCCUGCUGCACUUUUGAAGAUAACUUACCUGAGCACUUCCAGUCAUGAUCAAUCAACAGAGACAAUCCAAAAACCAGAAAAUGGAAGUUUAAUAAACAAUUUGACUGUUUUGGGUGUGGAUAUUAAGAUGGCCAGGAGGAGACAGCCAGGAGUGUUGAGAAAAUCGAUUACAAAUGAAAAAUGUGUUGUGGAAUUCUUGAGAAGUAAAGGUGCCAACAACAAUGCCAUUGCCAGUAUUAUUUCAAGAUACCCUCGAGCCAUUACACGAUCCUCUAGUCACCUUGAAGAAAGAUGGCAAUUAUGGCGAAGUAUUUUUAAGGCUGACUCCGAAAUCAUAAGUAUCAUUCAACGUUCUCCAGAAUCGUAUUUUCGUUCAAGUGAUAAUGAAAAUCUUGAAAAAAAUAUCAGUUUUCUUAGUUCUCUUGGUUUGACCACAGCCGACUUACAUCGUAUGUUGGCUACUGCUCCCAGAACAUUUUCAAACAGUUUGGAACUUAACAAGCAGAUGGUAACAUUCCUCCAAGAUCUUGCUGUUAGUUUGGCUGUCCAGAAUCCAUAUGAAUUUGUUAAACGGAUCAUCACUAAAAAUGCCUACGUACUUAUAAGAAGCACUAAACGGAUAAAAACAAACGUUGAAUUUUUCACUGAAGCACUUAAACUAAGCAACAGUGAACUUAUAAAACUACUUCAAGGGCACGGUGCUGAGAUUUUGGACCUUUCCAGUGAUUACAUGAAAAGAAAUUACAAAAAUAUGAGUGAACAGUUACAGUCAUUAGGGUGCACACCUGAAGAGGUGAAGAAAUUUUUUAUUGACUAUCCACCAGCAUUUUUUGCUUCUUUUGAAAAAGUUUCCAAUAAAGUAGAUUGUCUUCUGGAAAAAGAUAUUAAUAUUAAACAACUAUUAAAGAAGCCCAGAGUACUGGAAUUCAGUGCAGAGAAUUUGAAAAAUCGCAUAAAGGAAUUGCAAAAAGUUGGAUAUGAUUUUAGAAAACAUGGCAUUACAAUUUUGGAUUCGAGUAGAAGAAGAUUUGAAGCAAAAUUAAAGAAGCUAAAUGCUGGUAAAUAGUUUUAGUCCCCUGCCACAAUAUAUCUUGUCUUAUAUGAUAUAUCCUAAAUAAUUGUUCUUUGGCUAUUAUUAAAAUUAAUUUGGCUUUGCUUUUUGCUUAUUGUACAAUUAAUUGCCGAAUGAUGUACAAAUAAAAAAUAACAGAUUUUGCAUU